ACAACAUACCAUGCGGCCAGCCAAUAUUAAAAUAAAAUACGGAGUAGUACAUAUAUGAAGUAAGAAAGAGUUGAUGUGAGCAAGUGGAAGAGGUUGAAACGAGCUCAAGGAAAAUAGCUUCCGACCCAAAAAUCAUUAAGGUUCCGUAUAUAAGGCCCCGAGAUGGACGCGAAGAAUUUCGCCAGGCUGAAGAAGCAGUUGGCCAAGGAGCCAAAAAAGAAGGAGGCUGGGUCACAUAAGCCCGUUGAUGAAUUCUUCCGCAAGGAUGAGGCCGCCCAGGCCCAAAUCGCCGGGACCCCCUCCAAAGAUGCCCCCGAAGCUGGUGCCAUCAAAACCGAGGUGGCAAAGAGGAAAGCGCCGGGCAAAGGCGUCGUUCCCGGAGGCAAGAAAGCCAAGGGGGCUGCCGGUGCUAAGGAUGUCCCCGUGGUAAUUUCCGAAGGGCACUCCUCUUCGGGCACUCCGGCGGCGGUGCCUGCUCCUGAUAAUCCCUCCCCGGGUCGGGGAGCCGAGUUGACGUGGCCUCAAGAUCACGUGCAGUUUUCCAUCACAAAAGGGACCGCCAUUAUGCAUGGCACCCUAAACCCGAGGGAGUUCUUGACCGGCGCCACCCCCCCCGACGGAUAAAUCGGUGCUCUCCAGGCUGAAGGACGAUGCCCUCGGCAGCAAGGUCCUCCAAGCUUCGGUCACUGUAAGAUUUCCCACUUCCCUUUUUUAGCACAUUCUGUCUGGACUUAGCGCAUUUUCGGGUUGGCCACCUUAACAUUUGUCGCCCGAUGUUUUCUCCCGUAGGCUUCCCUCGGACUUGGCGAACUUCUGAGGAGGUUGGAGGAAUCACAGGCCCAGAAAAGGCGAGCUGACGAGGCUCUGGCUGAUUCCCGGAGGCAGCUCUUGGAGGCCCAAGAAACCUUCCGGUUGGAGCAGGAGGCCUUCAAUAAGAUCCUUCAAGACUCCAAGACGGUUGCGAGAGCCGAAGGGAAGGCUGAAGGCAAGGCCGAGGCCGAGAAAGCCGCCGUCGCUGCUGCCGAGGAGUUUGAAAAGACCAAGAAGGAGGCGGUGGCUCAAGCUGAGAGGGAUGCAAUCGCCGCCUUUCUUUCCGAGGGAUGGAGAUCUGAAGACCACAAGCAGUGGCUAGCUUCGGUGAUCGAGGGAAGUGUUGAUGACUGGGUGGGAGGCCCCGGGGCGAUGUGGUUGGCCCAGAAGGGCAAGGAGUAUUACGACGGGGGUGAGUUUUUUACCCAGUGGCUCGUCUACCGGAGGCUCGCCCGGCAUUUCGGGGUCGACCCCAAGGAUUUCAACCCAGCCACCUAUGGUCUGCCCCCCCUUCAGCCUGACACAAGGGUUCCCCUCCCUCCGGGCGUAGAGAGGCCGGAUUUGGAGGAUUCUGAACUAAUGAAGGAAGCCGAUGAUGAUGAAGAGGAAGCCGAGGAGGACGCCGCUUCGAAGCUGAAGGAGGACGGAGCCGAAAAUGCCCAAGUUUGAAAUUCCUUUAAGUACAAUUUGUAAUAGAUAAGUAGGCUCCGGCUUCGGCCGUGUAUGUGAAUGAAC